UCUGGUUUAUGGCGCUCACCUGCUGUUUUCAGGUGACGAGGAGCUGCCAUGUUGGCCUCCUCAGCCCCCCCAUCGCUCCUCUUCCUCCCCCUCCUCCUCCUCCUCCCCCCUCCCUCCCUCCCCGCUGACGUGGUGACCUCUGACCCCUCGGUGCGGUGGGUGGAGAUCGAAGGCGCCCCGCUCGCUCACCUCCUGCUGGACUGGGACUCGGGGGUCCUGUACGUGGGCGGGGUCGACCACCUGUACCAGCUGACCUCUGACCUGGAGGUGGUGUCGCACGUGAGGACCGGGCCUCACCUGGACUCCCCGGACUGCCUGCCCCCCAUCGUGGCCCAGGACUGCCCCUCGGCCACGCAGACCCACAACCACAACAAGCUGCUGCUGCUGGAGGCGGGGCAGGGGGCGGAGUCAGGGAGUCUGAUCAUAUGUGGUUCGCUUUACCAGGGAAUCUGUGACAAAAGGAGUCUCUCCAACAUCUCUCAGCUCAUCUAUCAGACGUCGAACCCUGUCGACACACAGUACGUGGCCGCCAACGACCCCCGAGUCUCCACCGUCGCCGUGGUGAUAACGACUGAGAACAAACAGGAAGGGGGCGGGGCCGGUGGCAUCCUUCGCUUGAUGCUGGUUGGUCGAGGUUACACCAGCAAAGGUCCCGGCGACAUCCCACCGAUCACAACUCGCCGUCUGUACCCCGUGGUCCCGCCUCGCCGAGCGUUCUCGCAGGAGGAGGAGCUCGGGAAACUGGUCGUCGGGAGUUACUCAGAGUACAACAACCACUUUGUGAAAGCCAUCACGCACGACAAACACGCGUACUUCCUGUUUUCACGCCGCGACAUGUGGCACAAGAAGGAGUACCGGACGUACGCCUCGCGGCUCUGCGUCUCCGACCGCAGCUUCUACUCGUACGUGGAGGUGCCGCUGCUGUGCCGCGGCGGUUACAACCUGGCGCAGGGGGCGUGGCUCGGGAACCACUCAGGUGAGCCCGCCCUGUUUGUCGUCAUGGCGGCGGGACAGGCGUCCACUCCGGUGGCCACGAGCCGCUCGGCGCUGUGUGUUUACAAGAUGGCGGAUCUGGACGCCAUGCUGCGACGGGCGCAGGAAGUGUGUUACACGGAAGGAGGGCGUGGCAGCAGCGGACAGGAAGAGGCCUACAUCGAAUAUGCCGUGUCGUCGAAGUGUCUGAAACUGCCCAAGGUUUCUCUCACUGACUACCCCUGUGGUGGCGAACACACGCCCAACCCCAUCGCCAGCGCCGUUCCUCUACCGGCCACGCCCACUUACACCUCCGACACCCAGCUGACUGCCGUCACCACGGCGACAGAGGCGGGACACACCAUCGCCUUCCUGGGAGACAGAACGGGAAAAUUGCACAAGGUGUUGGUGCGCUCUGAUUCGUCAGGUGACCGUUAUGGCAGCGUGUCAGUGGACGCCACCGCCAUCAGCGCCGACCUCCUAUUGGACCAGGAGCAGGAGCACGUCUACGUUCUGACCAGCAGCAGGCUGUCCAAGGUCCCGGUGUCGUCCUGUGAGAGACAGACCGACUGUCAGUCCUGUCUCACCAUCAGAGACCCGUACUGUGGAUGGUGUGUCCUAGAGGGACGAUGUUCCCGUAAACAUGAGUGUCAGCGCCACACGGAGCCCAAUCAUUGGCUGUGGAGCUUUGAACCGACCAAUCAGUGCGUGACAGUGCAGAGUCUGCAGCCGGCCAAUCAGAGCAGAGAUGAGCCGACGCAGGUAACGCUGUCAGUCGUCCAGCUCCCCACCCUCACGGAGGCGGAGCCACUCUCCUGUGUCUUUGACCGCCUCCCACCUCAGCCUGCCAUCAUUACAGGAAGCAGCAUCACCUGUCAAUCACCUCAGCCAGAGCUCCUCCCACCGAUGCCGGCAGGAAGUGAUCACAUGAUCCUGUCUGUGGCGCUGAAGUUUAAACAUGUGACCAUCACCACGGGCAACAUGACGUUCUACGACUGUGGAGCCGUCAGUCGACUGAACCAGAGCUCCCAGUGUCUGUCCUGUGUGGACAGUGUGUGGAGAUGUAACUGGUGUCCUCUGGAUCAGCUCUGCACCCACAACCACAGCUGUCCAAACCAACACAUCAUCUUCAACCAGAGGGACUCCCCAGGCCCCGCCUCCUGUCCUCUGGUCUACGCCCUGCAGAGCUCCGCCCUCGUGCCCAUGGGCCUUAGCACCACCGUGGUGCUGCAGGGACGAAACCUGGACGUCUACACUGACCAGGCUCAGUAUGUGUGUGUCGUAGAAAUCCAAGGAAUCCAGUUUAAUCUGACGGCGUCUGUGGAGAAAACACCGGAUAAUACACACAUAUUUACCUGCAGCCCUCACCAGUUUCAGUAUGAAGUCAGUCAGCUUCAGUACUCAGCUCCAGUUUAUCUGAGAAGAGGAGAACGACGCAUCGACGCCUCGCCAGGACUCCGACUCCAGCUGUACGACUGCUCGGCCGGCCAAUCAGAUUGCUCGCAGUGUAGGGCGGUGCCAGAGGAGUACGGCUGCGUAUGGUGCCCAGGAAGCCCCGCCCCCAGCUGUGUUUACAACCAAUCCUGCUCCAGUGCUCCUGCAGACACCUGCCCGCCCCCUCAGAUCACACAGGUACUUCCUGUUUCUGGUCCGUUGGAGGGCGGAGUCUUGGUGACCAUCACUGGGUCGAACCUGGGGAUGCGCUACCAGGACGUGGUGGGCGGAGUCACGGUGGCGGGCGUGCAGUGCGAGCCUCAGCCUGAGGGAUACCAGAUCUCCACCAGGGUGGUGUGUGAGCUGCAGCCCAGUGGGAAACAGAGGAAGGGUCCGGUCCUGGUUUCUGUCGGUAACUCUCUACCUGGACGGUCCACGCAGGACUUCACCUAUCAGGACCCUCAGCUGUUGGAUCUGGUUCCUGAUAAAGGUCCGGUCUCUGGAGGAACCAGACUGACCAUCAGAGGACGACAGCUGCUGACCGGACAGACCACAGACCUGAGGGCCUUCCUGGGACGACAGCCCUGUUACAUCGUGGAGGAGGUCAACGAUACCCAGUUGGUUUGUCAGACUGGUUCCAGUAACCACACUGGUGACGUCAUGAUCCGAGUUUUCUUCGGCAAAGCAGAGCGAAUCGUUCCAGACGUCGCCUUCCGUUACCUUGACGACCCCGUCAUCACCGAUGCCACGCCCUCAGAGAGCUUCUAUGCAGGGGGGCGUAUCGUCAUGGUAACGGGCAGGAACCUGGACGUGGUGCAGCAGCCAAUCAUCGCAGUGUGGGUGGAGCCUCUGGAGGUGCAGAGGGUGAAGCGGAGGAAACGAUUGGCUCUCCUCACAGCGAAGCAGCAGCUGGUGUUCAACAGCACCAUGACGACGGUGUCGGAGCGCUGCUCUGUGGAGUCCUCGUCCCAGAUGACCUGUCCCACCCCCAGCGUCAGCCCCGAGGUCAAGGUCAAAGGUGUCUGGUUCCAGCUGGACAACGUCCGGGUCCACUACGAGACCAUAAAGGGUAAAAGUUUCAUGUAUUACCCAAACCCUCAGCUGUAUCAUCUGAACAGAGACGCCCCGUACCGAUUCAAACCAGGAGGAGUCAUCGCUGUGGAGGGUCAGGACUUGACCAGAGCCAUGACCAGACAGGAAGUGAGGGCUCGACUCGGAGACCAGGAGUGUGAGGUGAAAACCCUGGACAACACCCACCUGUACUGUGAACCUCCAGAGACGCAGCCAAUGAGUGAAGACGACGGCAACGAGCUGCCCGCGCUCAAGGUGCUGAUGGGAAACCUAGAGGUGGACCUGGGUCUGGUCCAGUACGACAGUGACUCUCUGUUAUCUCCCGUCCCAUUGGCUGCUCAGAUCGGUCUGGGGGCGGGGGCAGCCGUCAUCAUCCUAUCGGUGCUCGUCAUCAUCCUCAUGUACAGGAGGAAAAGUAAACAGGCUCUCAGAGAUUAUAAGAAGGUUCUGCUUCAGCUGGAAACUCUGGAGAUCAACGUGGGAGACCAGUGUCGCAAAGAGUUUACGGACCUAAUGACAGAGAUGAUGGACCUGAGCAGUGACGUGGGGGGGCCAGGGCUCCCCCUGCUGGACUACAGGACGUAUGCGGAGCGGGUGUUCUUCCCCGGUCAGCAGGUGGCGCCGCUGAGCCGUCAGCUGGACCUGCCGGACUCCAGGAGGCAGACGGUGGAGCAGGGCCUCCAACAGCUCAACAACCUGCUGAACAACCGGCUGUUCCUCACCAGGUUCAUCCACACCCUGGAGGCCCAGCAGGGCUUCUCCCAGAGGGACCGGGGCUACGUGGCCAGUCUGCUCACCAUGGCUCUGCACGACAAACUGGAGUACUUCACCGAGGUCAUGAAGACUCUGCUGCAGGACCUGGUCCAGCAGUACGUCGCCAAGAACCCCAAACUGAUGCUGCGCCGGACGGAGACGGUGGUGGAGAAGAUGUUGACCAACUGGAUGUCCAUCUGCUUGUACUCCUUCCUGAAGGACGUGGCGGGCGAGCCCCUCUACAUGCUCUACAGAGCCAUAAAGUACCAGGUGGACAAAGGGCCGGUGGACGUGGUGACAGGAAAAGCCAAACGGACGCUCAAUGACAGCCACCUGCUGCGAGAGGACAUCGACUACUCCUCCAUGACUCUGACCGUCCUGGUGAAAAAUGGAGUUGAGGUCCAGCCUUGUCCUGUUAAAGUCCUGGACACUGACACCAUCACACAGGUAAAAGAUAAAAUCCUGGAUCAGGUCUACAGAGGAGCUCCGUUCUCUCAGAGGCCAUCAGCUGACAGUCUGGACCUCGAAUGGCGUUCAGGCCAGGCAGGUCACCUGACCUUGUCCGAUGAUGAUGUCACAGCAGUGGUUCAGGGUCGAUGGAAACGACUCAACACGCUGCAGCAUUACAAGGUUCCUGAUGGAGCUACCGUGGCUUUAAUCCCUCGUUCUCAGAGUUCAGGUGGAGUCAACCAGGUUUUCCAAACUGGAGAAAAAACACCGAUGCUGGAGGGUGAGGAGGAGGAAGGUCUGCGUCUGUGGCACCUGGUGAAGAGCAGCGAAGACCCUGAAAUCCCCAAACACCGAAAGAGCAGCAUGAGGGAGAGAGAGAGGGCCAAGGCCAUACCUGAGAUUUACCUGACCAGACUGCUGUCCAUGAAGGGAACUCUGCAGAAGUUUGUGGAUGACGUCUUCGUGGCGAUCCUCAGCACGAAGCGUCCUCCACCCAUCGCUGUCAGGUUCUUCUUCGACUUCCUGGACGACAUGGCCGAGAAACACGGCAUCGACGACCCAGAGACGGUCCACAUCUGGAAGACCAACAGUCUUCCUCUCAGGUUCUGGGUCAACAUCCUGAAGAACCCUCAGUUCGUGUUGGACGUUCAGGUGACGGACAGCAUCGACGCCGUUCUGUCCGUCAUCGCUCAGACCUUCAUCGACUCCUGCACCACGUCCGAGCACAAAGUGGGACGGGACUCUCCAGUCAAUAAACUUCUGUACGCCAGAGAGAUACCUCGAUACAAACAACUGGUGGAGAGGUAUUACAGCGACAUCCACAGCGCAGCGUCCGGCUGUUAUCAGGAGAUGAACUCCACUCUGACUGAACUGUCGGGGAGUUUUGCCUCAGAGAUGAACAGUCUCGUUGCUCUUCAUGAACUCUACAAGUACAUCAACAAGUAUUAUGACCAGAUCAUCAUGUCUCUGGAGGAGGACAGCUCCGGACAGAAGAUGCAGUUGGCGUAUCGCCUGCAGCAGGUCGCCGCCCUGGUGGAGAACAAGGUCACCGACCUCUAACGAGCUCCGCCCCCACAUCAGCCAACGAGAAGCACUGACCUUUGACCCCUGACCCUGAAGACACCAGGGAGGAGGAGGAGGAGGAGCCUGUCGACAGCGUGUCUUCCUGUGUGUGUGAGCGUGUGCGUGGUGGGCGGGACAUAUGAGGUUUUUAUAUUCAGACUCAGGAGAUUCAGUUGUUUAGAUUCUUCACUCUGCAGCAACGGCCACAAAACUAAAACCAUAACCUUAAAAUAACCUGGACUCACCCUUAAAUUAAAUCUAAUCCUAGCUUAAACCCACACCUAACCAAACUUAAACCCAAACUAACCCAUCCGACACUCUGUGGUGGAAAACGACAAUCUAACGAUCAGAUCAGGGAACACGUCACCACCUGCUGCCUUGGAACUACAUUACCCAGAGUUCCCUGCUGCCUGUUCUCAGUGUGAAGAGUCAGAAAGCACAAUUUUAAAUCUUCCUACUGAAAAUGACUGGUUGUUAAUCUGCUGAUCUCAGACAUGCUGGAUGUUUUUUUUUUAAUGGACAGUGUCACUGACAGUAUUUUUUCUUUUUCUUUUUUUUUUUUUUUUUUUGGUUUACUACUGAAACCAGCACGUCUCUGCAUCUUAGAAAAAAAGGAAAACAAAGACUUAUUUUAACAAUUAAAUCCCAAAAAUGAUGGGAUGUGGACUUGGACUGGACGCAAUAACAGAAUCAGGGACAUUUUAAGAUUAUGUAAAAGUUGUGUUUUCAGUGUGAUUUUAGUUUCUGCUCAGAACAGAAUAAGCACAAGUGUAUUGUAUUUUAUUUUAUUUUAUUUUGUUUUAUUUUAUUUUAUCUGACCUGUGCUGGUUCUGGUCCCAGUCUUCCCAGUCUUCCUCAGUUCCAGGUCGGGUCUUGGGUUUUAAUACACGCCAAAUAAAUUCUAAUCAGACCCGGCUGCCAAUCAACAAUCAAUGCUGUAUUAAUUUAUUGUCUCUAUAUAUGGAUAAAAUACUUAAAGAAGUAUUCCGACUGCUGUAAAAUAGGUCUGAUGGUCCUUCGGGUCAGAUUUCUUUUUUCCUAACUUUAUUUAAAUCCAGGUUGUGGAGGGUUUCCAGCCUCCCGUCUGUAGAUACUCACUCUGUUUGAAGGAUUCAGGUGAAUUUUCUUUAGGUCCGUUCAGGUUUAGAUCCAGGUGCUGUUGGGAUCAGGAUCCAGAAGGCAUUAUUUAUUUUUAUUGUUAUCAGUAAAAUCACCUCAGGUUCGGGUAAUAGAAGUUUUUCCACCAGAUGAGCGCUCUGGUGCUUAAUUAUUUAAUUUAAUUUAACUGAUGUUUAGAAACUAUAUGGACAAAAGUAUUGGGACACAUCAUGUCUACAGCUGUAAAAUGUCCUGU